AUGUCGAAUGAGCCGUCUUACGAGGACUAUGUGGAACGACAUGUCAUCCUUCCCAAGCCGUUUUUGAAACGCAUCCCUAAAAGUUACUUUGACCCUGAAGAGCCAGGUGUACUGCGAAUUCUCUCCGAUGCCGAAUGGCGAGGAAUCGGCAUUACUCAGAGUCUCGGAUGGGAGCACUACGAGGUGCAUGGUACGUCGCAGCACGGCUUACACGACAGCGCCUGA